GUAUAGAGAACCCAGCACCAUGCCGCUCUGGGCGGGCAGAUCAGACACCCAGCUGCUGCCCAGCUGGCUGCCAGGACCCAGGCUGUGAUGUUAUGCCAGUGUGGGAGGUGCCCCUAGGUUGGACUGGGCAGUGGCAGCUUGUGUGGGCCAAUGCCCAGGGCCUAGAUCUGUGACCACGCUGCUUGGCCCCUCCAGUGCCUUUGCUAACCCAAAAUGGAAAACUUCCAGUACAGCGUCCAGCUGAGUGAUCAGGACUGGGCUGAAUUCUCUGCCACAGCUGAUGAGUGUGGCCUCCUGCAGGCUGGCCUGGCCUCUGGGGACGAACUCUUGUCCAGUGACAUUGACCAAGAGGACAGCAGUGGUCCCUCUGGGCAGAAGGCUCUGGGGGAGCAAGGCCUGCCAGGCUGUCAGGAGGAGGAUGUGGCUGCCCAGCAACUGGUCAGCAGGUCUCCGUGUGAACCCAUCUUGGCUCUGGGAGCCAGUGAGCAGAUACCCAGCACGUCUGCACUGUCUCUUGGCUCUGGUGCUCCCCCUCCUUCCUCAGCCCUGUUGGUGCCGGUGUCUUGCGGGGACGAGAAGCAGAGGGUCCUGCAGGGCCCUGACCCUAGUCCCCCUGGAAUGUCCUCAUGGAAUCCCAGGUCUCCUGGCCACAAUGCUGCCCUCCAGGAACCCUGGAACAAUCCCGGAGCCCUGCCUCGAAGCUCCAGUCGAAAGAAGAGGAGAACCAUGGGUGCUAAGGCGGGUGGGCAUUCAGGAGCCUCAGGCCCUGCCCCUGCCCAGCUGGGCUCCCUACUGCUCACAGCACAGCCAGAGGAGAGUCUUGGCUUGGCUGGGCCCAGGGGCAAGAGUCUGGACACUGGAGAGGUAAUGCCAACAGCAGGAACCAGGCAGGACAAGUUGGGGCCAGACUCUGCAGGAAUUCCUAGGCUUGGCUCAAGUGCCCCUGAGCCACUCACUGGAAGAGGACCUGGUUUGGACCUGUCUGCCCCUGUCUCUGUGACUGAGCAAAGCACAGACCAAUUCAGAAUGACUCCCAGAGGUGAGCUAUUCCCUGAGUCCACACCUGCCAAGGAGGCUCAUCUGGACUUCUCAAUGGCUAAACCAGAUGUGACUGUGCCUACACCUGACUCCAGGCCUCCACCCAAUGUGACUCUGUCUACACUCACCUCCAAGCCGAGACUGGAUGUGGACCUGCCUACAGAAGGUCCAGAAGUCAAGCCAGAAGUUCCCUCUACACCUGUUUCUGUGGCUGUGCCACAUGCCACUCUGCCUCACUCUGUCUCUAAGGUCAAGUCAGACGAGGGUGUGUUUAUAUCAGCUCCCAGAGCAGAUGCUGCUGCCCCAUCCCAAUCUAUUGUCCUCCAGGCUGAGCCUCACGUGGUGGAGAUGAAGACUGGAGUGAUCACCAGAGCAAAGCCCUUAGCAGAGUUCCCUGGACACUUCCCAGGGGAGCACCGAGUGGGCCCCAUUCAAACCUCCAAGAAGAAGAAAGUACGAUUCUCCAUGACUGAAACCAGCCCUGAGGAGCCUGCAUCAAGGGUGGCCCUGGGCCCCCCAUCACCAUCCAUUGCUUGGCCUUCACCUCCCAGGAUAGCGCCUGGGGGCCAUGAGGAGCCUAGAACCUGGGAUGUUGCGGCCAUCGGGCCCCGAACCCCCAAGCCUCGAAUCCUCAAGCAUCUCCCCCCACCAGCCCCCUCUGCCUUGAGGGCACCAGGGCCCAGGAGCCAAUUUGCAGUGACCCUCCCGGAGGCCUAUGAAUUCUUUUUCUGUGACACCAUUGAGGAGGAGGAGGAAGAGGAGGAAGAUGCUGAGGAGGUGGCAAUAACCAGCCAGACUCUGGCUGAAGUCCAGUGGCCAGACAUAUGCGAGUUCUUCUUUCGGGAUUGCCAAGCUCAGAGGCCAAGUCCCUGGGGGUGUUGCUCCCUAGCCCCACCCCCCAGGGCUGAGGCUGUGCCAGCCCCUCUGCCUGAGGACCCUGUGCCCAUCUCCAUCCCUGAGGCCUAUGAACACUUCUUCAGGGAGGACAGGUCUGGGGGGGACCUAGGACCAGCCUCCCUGGGAGAAGGGCCGGGCCCUGCCAGAGCGGAGCGGCUUGGCCUGAUGGUCAGGAGGGCAGGAGAACUCCAGGGACCCCUCACCUCGUUCACCUUCAGCCAGAAUGACAUGUGCCUGGUGUUUGUAGCCUUUGCCACCUGGGCUGUGAGGACAUCAGACUUGCACUCCCCAGACGCCUGGAAAACAGUCUUGCUGGCCAACAUUGGCACCAUCUCAGCCAUCCGCCAUUUCCGCCGGCAGAUGGGGCAAGGGCACUGCGAUCCCAGCUGCAGCACCAGCUCCUAGCAGCCAGGAUGGACCCAGGAAGAAGCAGGACCAGGAGAUGAACACAGGUGUCCAGGAGGGAGGCAGUGUCCUGAGAGAUGCUACCUCAGACUCAACUAAGGGUCUGGCAUGACCAAGCCUGCUCCCUGCCUUGACCUGGGAGGGGCAAUUCUGGAUGUCUGUGCGGAAGGAGGCUGAGAGGGAGCCAGUGAGGGGCCAGAAAGGCACCUAGUUAAAGUUGGAUGCCAGACACGCAACGUUUGGGACAUACUUAUCCUAGGAAAUUAUUUGUUAUCUGAAGUCAUAUUCAGACAGCAUCCUUUAUGUCAUGUAGUAUGUGGAGGAGGUGCGAGGAUGGAAUUCUGGAUGUUGGAAGGGUGAAGGUAAACACAAGGUCCUACUGGAGGUCUGUGCAGGGGACAAGGGCAAGGGCACUGGGACCUUGAGGCUUGGGGCUCACAGGUGGGCUGAUCUGGAGAGGGUGCCAAGGCCCCUCCAUACCCCAGGCCUGCUUGGGCUUGAGCCUGAGGUAGUAAGCAUGUCCAGAUGGGCAUGUCCAAAGAGGCCCCAGUUGCCCCACUGGGGUGGGGUCUAGGGCCAAAGCCAGGAGCUCCUCUUCUGGGGACCCUAGGUAAGGCUGCAGAGGCAGAGCUGGUGGUGUUAGCUGGGGGUCCUUGGGGUGGCUGGGGGCCCAGGGCUGAGAAGUGGGAGAUGGGGUGGGUGAGAGGCUGUGGUACAGAGCACAGAGGUGGCCUGACAGGUGCCCAGGACAGUUUGCAUGGGGCCCCAGGAUGGUGGGUGACACCUUCUGCUGAGUGAGGAUGCCUGGACACAGGGUGCCAAUAAAAUCUUUGCUUUCUUUCUCAUUUAGUGGCAUCAGUAUCUCAAACCAGCCUACUCUACAUGUGCCCAGGUAAUGCUGGGACAUCCCCACCCCUGCCCGUGCUAGUUCACACUUCGCUAACCUCUGACCCUCAUGCCCACACCACCCUUCGGCUCAAGUCCCUUCCCAAUCCCUUCUGGGGGCAGAGCCGAGGGACGACCUCCCUCAUAUCCCACCCUGACCCGUGGUCAGCCACACCAGGUGAGGCCCCUCCUCCUGGCCUCCCAGCUUGGGGGAAAGGUAGGAGCCAGACCAGGGGUGGGGCCCUUCUGAACUUGGACCUCUGGAGAGUCUCUAGGUCCCUCUGGAGUCAGACCCUGAC